CAGGACUCCAGAAGACGAGGACAAAACAGAGUAAGGGAAUAGAUCGCAGAAUGGUGGUCGAUUGCCUAUCCAACCAGGGCUCGGGAGGGCGUAAGCAGGAGAGGAGACUGGGUGGCUCGGUCAACUCCAGAAUGCAUCUCAAUGUCACGGGUGCAGGUGGCAUGACGCCCAAGGAGUUGUCUGAUAACGACGACCUGGCCACCUCUCUCGUGAUGGAUACUUAUCUGGGUUUCACGACUCACAAGAUGAACACUAGAUAUAGGCCUCUAAAAACAAACAAGGACGAAUUGAAAAAAGUAAUUAAUGAGUUUAUUCAAACUCAGAAUUAUCAAAAAACAUACAAAAAAUUAAUCAGUGGAGAUUGGGGAGCGCGCAUGCCAAACACCAAAUCAAAAGCACAACAAAUGAAUCUGGAGAAACAUAUUUACCGAUACUUGAGGGUAUUCGAUAAAGACUCGGGUUUCGAAAUUAAGCCAUGUUAUAGGUAUUCGCUCGAAGGACAGAAAGGUGCAAAAAUAUGCGCGACAAGAAAAUGGUUGAAAAAUGAAAAAAUACCUUGCCUUGUCGGUGUUAUAGCAGAAUUAAGUGAUAAAGAGGAGGCUGCUCUGUUGCAUCCUGGAAAAAAUGAUUUUUCCGUAAUGUUUAGCUGUAGAAAAAAUUGUGCUCAGCUUUGGCUUGGUCCAGCAGCUUUCAUAAAUCAUGACUGCCGAGCUAAUUGCAAGUUUGUUCCAACUGGACGGGAUACUGCCUGUGUUAAGGUAUUACGUGACAUAGAAUCCGGAGAGGAGAUAACCUGCUUUUACGGAGUAGACUUUUUUGGUGAUGACAACUGUUACUGUGAGUGUGAAACGUGCGAACGACGUAAAACUGGUGUCUUUGCAAAACAAAAUCCAGAAGACGAGUCAGAGUCAGGUUAUCGGUUGCGAGAAACAGACAAUCGCAUUAACCGCACCAAACAUAGGCAGCAACCUCUAGGAAACGCGAAUAAACAGCAGGAGGGUAGUACCUUAUCAGAACGUAACAUCGAAAUUAGCAGUAAUUUAACUGUGGCGCCGCAGUCAUUGAAUAUGAAAGAGAUGAAACAGCGUGGUCUCACAAAAUACGACGCCGAACUUUUGAUAGCUCAGGGUUGUCGCUUCUCGGAUGUAGACCAGAAGCGGGGUGGUCAGAGCGUACCGAGCUCAGCCACACGAACCCUUAGAAACAAGAAUCAAGCAAACAAGACUGAAAGUAAUAUUAAUAAUAAUAACAAUAACAAUAACAAUAGUAACAAUAAUCAGGACAACCUUAAGGGCUGUCAGCGUUUGAGGGCUUCCAGGCUACAAAAAAAACCAGAGGUUAAAAGAAACAAGAACAAUGGCACGCAUCACGGCGCAAUGUAUGUCCGGCAUCGCAAAGAGGACUCUAACAGAGGGGAGGCUGAUGAGAAUUGUAUUUUUUCGAAUCACCAUAAACACAGCAAUCAAGAAUCGUCCAGAGAUCGUAGUAGCAGCGAUAACUGUCACGUGCGAGACCUGCGCUCGACGUCAACGGAUAAGCACGUUGAUAACUGCUCACUGGGAAGUGAGAGCUCUGAAAACGAUCGCAAUUUUUUAACACACAGUACAAACAACUCCUUUAGUCCAAGUCAUCAUAGCCUCGUUCCGAAAAUCAAACACUUGACAGAUAAUUUCACCUCAACGCAUCAUUGUUCAAAGAAUAGUCUUAAAAAUAAUCAGUGUAAUGUGAAUGUGGACUUAAAGUCGGAUUGUGAUAACGAAACGAUAAAAGACGCGAGUUCGAACAAAGCCUAUGACCGACUGUUCAUAAGUGACAAAAAAUCGUGUAACAAGUUUAGUGAUAACGUGUCUUACGACAUCAACUGCCGAAAAUCACCGAUUCAUGGCAAGGCGCCUCGAAACUCGCCUUUCCCUGACACCAACGAGUUUGAUUCCAUCGAAGGUUCAGCUGGUGAGACUCUCGAGUCCAAGAUGACCGCAGAUUAUGAUCAAUCUGCAAUGAAUUCCACAGAGCCAUCAAAUGCUUUGGAGUAUCGCGAUGCAAAUUCACUAGACGACAAAUCUUGGUUUUCCAGUGACAUUAAAGAUUGCGCCAAGACUGCCAAGAUCGUAAAUAGUGUUCAGGACGAGUGUUUUUUAUCCGAUGUUAAAUCUGAAGUGCCAGUCGUGGUUGCCGAUGCUGAUGUGAGCAAAGUGAGUGAUACCUUAGUACAAAGUGAAAAAUUUUCGGAAGAUUUCGCGUUCGAAAAAGCAGAAGACACGCGUAGUCUGACGAUUAAGAGAUGCAACGAUGUGGCGCAGCGUUCUCGCAAAAAUCAAACGAAAAAACCAACAGCGUCGCGAGGUAAAGCGAGAAAAACAAAAAACGGCCGGUACAGUUUUGUGGACAGAUCUAGUGCACGAUUGACCAGGAGCCAAAAGAAAGAUUCUCAGCAAACGGCCGUGACGGCGAUCAGUGCAGCGGACGACGAUUCGGGCAUUCAAGGGGAUAUUUAUGAGUUCAGUGAAAAAGAGAGCAAUCUCGAUGAUGUUCAACUGCCAAAAAAGAUGUCGCAGUUAAGGGAGAAAUUAAACGAAGCUAAGGAGGCGGUUACAAAAACGUCGACUCUAGACUGGCAGAGAUGUGAGAACGAUAUCGUUAAGUGCGGCAAAGACAGAAGGUCAAAAGAAGAUGAAAAAGAUAGCCAGAGCGAAAACAGAAAUAAUUCUCCGAAUAACCCACCAUCGUGGCAAGUCCAACAGUCGCAAUCACAGUCUUCUCUAGAAAGCGCAGAGAGCAAAGCGUAUCCAGCCACCCCAGAAAAAUCGAAUCACGUGAAACUGACGCUCCGCAUGAAACGUUCUCCCAUCCUGGAUGAUAUAAUUGAAUCUGGUUUGCACAAACCAACACCGAUCCAGCAAAAUUGUAUUCCAGCUAUAUUGGAAGGUAGAAACGUCAUAGGUUGUGCUCAGACAGGUAGUGGUAAGACACUAGCUUUUGCACUUCCAAUUGUUCAAACGCUUGCUGAGGAUCCGUAUGGCAUUUAUGCUUUAAUUUUGACGCCGACUAAGGAACUUGCUUUUCAGAUAGCAGAUCAGUUUGCCAUAGUAGGAAAGUCUAUGAAUUUGAAGAAAUGUGUUGUGGUUGGUGGGAUGGAUAUGGUAAUCCAAGGACAGGAAUUGUCUAGGCAUCCUCAUAUUGUCGUGGCAACACCUGGUCGUUUGGCAGAUCAUUUAGAAAGUUGUGAUGAAUUCACAUUGAAAAAAAUCAAGUAUCUUGUUUUUGAUGAAGCUGACAGAUUAUUGGAAGAUCACUUUCAUGAUCAGUUGUCUGUUAUAAAUAAAGCCCUUCCAAAGGAAAAGCAGAUUCUCCUUUUCAGUGCUACUAUAACUGAAAAAAUAGAAAAUGUAAUGAAUGUCAAAACAAGAGAUUUUUUUGUUUGGAAUAGUAAUACAGAUGAUAACAUAGCCACAGUUAAGCAACUGGAUCAAAGAAUAGUGACUUGUCCAAAAGAGCCAAAAGAUGCUUAUUUGGUUGAAGUGAUAAGGAUAUUCAAGGAAAACAACAGUGGAUCAAUUAUAGUAUUUACUGAUACUUGCAAAGAAUGCCACUUGAUAUCAGUAACGUUAAAUAGAAUUGGUUUUGAUAAUUUUGCUUUGCAUUCCAAAAUGAAAAUGAGGGAACGCUUGGCUGGUCUGACCAAAUUCAAGUCCAAUCAAACAAAAAUUUUAAUUGCCACUGAUGUGGCAUCUCGAGGUCUUGAUAUACCCAUCGUUUCUCUGGUUAUCAAUCACAACGUUCCAAAUAAUCCAAAAGAUUAUAUACAUAGGGUCGGUAGAACUGCUCGUGCAGGAAAAUAUGGCAUGUCAAUUACUUUGGCAACGCAGUAUGAUUUGCAUUUGAUAGAUUGCAUUGAAAAAAUGAUUAACACUAAGCUCAAAGUGCUCAACGUCGAUGAUCAAGAAAUAGUGAAUAUUUUUACACAAAUCUCAGUAACAAAACGCGAAGCUGAAAUUGAAUUAGAUGAAGCAGAUUUUGAUGAAAAGAAAAUGAUCAACAAAAGAAAAAAAUUAAUUUUGGGAGGAUGUGACCCACAUGAAGCUGACGAAAUUAUGCAAGAACAAAAGGAUCGAAGAUUAAAGAAACCAAAACCAAAGCCAAAAAAGAAAAAGAAACUAAUUAUCGAGGAAAAGGAAAAAACAAAUGGUGAAGAAAAAGAGUCUGAUUAGCUUAAAUUCAAUUGUUACAGCUUACAUACCCAUGUACAUUGAAGAUAU